AUGGCUGCUCAUCGUGAUGAAAAUGUUGUUGCAACAAAACAACUUGCUAUCCGUGAAGGAGUUAAUAAUGUUACCGCGAUUCCACAAAAAAAACUCGGUGUGGUAACGAGAAAACGCGCGGUGCUUAUGGAUCGUACAAAUGUCUCACUUAAACAAAAUUCAGUCAAUGAGCAAACACAUGAUAUCACAAAACCAAUAAUAAAAGAGAAUGUAAAUUUAGGUUUUCAAGAUAUAAGGUCUAAAGAGAAACAUGAACUAUCUUUUGAUACUACACUUGCAACAACUGCGGAAUCGGAAAUAUAUGAAUUUGAUCGAAAGCGCUCUAAAAAACAAAAGACUCAAGACUGGGAGGACUUAGAUGCAGAUGAUUUCUACGAUCCUAUGAUGAUUUCUGAAUAUGCUGUGGAUAUCUUUAAAUAUUUAAAGGAUUUAGAGAGUGAAAUAAUGCCUAAACCUGAUUAUAUGUCAUCUCAAUCCGAACUAAGUUGGAGAAUGCGAGGAAUUCUUGUCGAUUGGUUGAUCGAAGUUCAUCAUAAGUUUCGCCUACUUCCUGAAACAUUGUUUUUAGCGGUAAACAUCAUUGAUCGCUUCCUUUCAGUCCGUGUUGUUUCCCUAGUCAAACUUCAGUUAGUUGGAAUUACUGGGUUAUUUAUUGCGGCAAAAUAUGAAGAACUAUUGGCUCCGUCGAUAAAAAAUUUCAUUUACAUGGCUGAUAACGGAUACACGGAAGAAGAAAUUCUCAAAGCAGAACGAUAUGUUCUUACGACUAUCGAUUUCAAAUUGUGUUACCCAAAUCCCAUGAACUUUCUUCGACGAUCCUCCAAAGCUGAUCAUUUUGACAUUCAAGCACGUACUGUUGCUAAAUAUCUUAUGGAGAUAUCACUUGUUGACUAUAAGUUUUUACCAUUACCGCCCUCAAUGAUUGCUGCAGCCGCUUUGUAUCUUUCUAGGAAAAUGCUUAACCGUAGUGAAUGGCAUGCCAACUUGAUCCAUUACUCGCAAUAUACUGAAGAAGAGCUUCAACAAUGUGAGCAAUUAAUGCUUCAAUAUUUAAUGAAACCCACAAAACAUGAGCAAUUAUAUAAAAAAUACGCCGCGAAAAGAUUUAUGAAAGCUAGCAUAUUUGUCAAAGAUUGGAUAUCUAAAAACGUAGAAAGGCAGCAAUAA